AUGGAUGAUAUAAGUGGAGAACAGACAUUUCCUCGAAUAAACCGUUUGUUGGAGUACGUUGGAAACCCCCAAUUCAGUUUGAAAAUCCUUCAUAUAGCCGGAACAAAUGGUAAGGAGACCGUAUCUACUUUUUUGACAUCUAUAUUACAGCAUCCUGAAUCACAGCGGCAAAAGGUCUUGAUUGGUAGAUAUACUACGUCUUUCUUGCUCAAUGCUAGAGAAAACAUCUGCAUAAAUAAUGAAGCAAUUUCCUUGACUGAAUAUACUAGAAUUGAGAAUAAGCUUGUCGGAGUGAAUGAGUCUUUAAGUUUACGAUGUAACAGUCUCGAGCUGCUAACCGGUAUAGCAUUAGUAUAUUUUGCCAAAAAUAGUUGCCAGUGGUGUAUAAUAGAGACUGGAUCAGCUGGAAAACAGGACCCUGCGAGUAUAAUUGCCGGUCAAAAUAGGAUUUGUUGUGCGAUUACCAGUGUCGGUAGAAGCGAUGAAGCGUUUUUAUACAAAAUUUUGUCUCAAAUUUCUGACUGCCAUUCCAAAAAUAUCAAUCGUAUUACACCAUUUACGGUAUUAGACGGGUCAAACGAUGAACUUGUAAAAACUACGAUAACGAAAAGAUGCCAUGACGUCGGGUGCCAAUUAAAAAUCACUGAUCCUUCACUUGGUGAUUGUAUUAUACGUACAGACUCAUGGGGUACUCUUGAAAUCUAUCAUCUACUAUAUAAUGAAGAAGAGUACCAAAUAUUUAAUCUAAGAGUUGCAAUUGCAGUUUUAGACUAUUUGAAUAAGGAACAAAAGGUUUCUCUUUCGAAGAAUCAACUAUCUAAGGGUCUGAUAUCUAUCGAUUGGCCAAGAAGUUUACAUCGGUUGAAUUACUGCUAUGAAUCUAACAGUGGUAAGACAAUCGCAUUAUUACUGGACAACGCAAAUAAUGCCAAGGCAGCCCAAAACUUAGCUGGACAUUUGAGGGCCAAAUACGGCGAGACGCCCUUAACGUUUGUCAUUGCGAUAACAUCUGGGAAGAGAGUACCGCCCUUGCUUGAUCCGUUGAUACGUUCGCAAGAUCAUGUAAUAGUGACUAGAUUUGGAUCUGUGGUAGGUAUGCCGUGGAUCCAAUCUCUGGAGCCGAUGCAUCUUUUUACAUUCAUCAAAGAUCGAUACACAAGGAAUGUUAACAUACAGCCAGACCUUCAAAGUGUUUGGAAUUUUAUUGAAACAACCGGGUUGAAAACAGUGGUUCCCGUUAUCGUGUGUGGAUCGCUAUACAUCUGCAAAGAGUUGUUGCGUCUACACAACUGUCAUUUGCCAGUAUGA